AUGGCCGGAGAACAAGAGCUGCUGUCGACGGAGAUCGUGAAGCGGGGCAUCGAGUCGUCGGGCCCGGACGCCGGGUCGAUGACGUUCUCGGUGAGGGUCCGGCGGAGGCUGCCGGACUUUGUCCAGUCGGUGAAACUCAAGUAUGUGAAGCUGGGUUAUCAUUACCUGAUGAACCACGGGAUAUUCUUGGCCACUAUCCCGGUGCUGGUGCUGGCCGGCCUGAGCAAGGAGGAGCUGUGGCGCAGGAUUUGGGACAGCGCCGCCGGAUACGACCUUGCCUCCGUCCUCGCCUUUUUGGGCCUCUCGGUUUUCACGCUCUUCCUUUACUUCGUGUCCAGGCCGCGCUCCAUCUAUCUUCUUGAUUUCGCCUGUUACAAACCAAGUAAUGAUUUGAAGGUGACCAAGGAUGAAUUCAUCGAGCUGGCCCGAAAAUCGGGCAAAUUCGACGACGCCAGCCUGGAAUUCCAGCGGCAGAUCCUCCAGUCCUCAGGCAUUGGCGACGAGACCUACAUUCCGAAAUCCAUCGGGUCGCCGGAGAAGACGGCCACGAUGAAGGAGGGACGGGCAGAGGCCUCGACCGUAAUCUUCGGAGCUCUGGACGAGCUGUUUGAGAAAACCGGGGUGCGGGCAAAAGACAUCAGCAUCCUUGUGGUGAACUGCAGUCUCUUCAACCCGACGCCUUCGCUGUCAGCAAUGGUUAUCAACCACUACAAAAUGAGGGGGAACAUUCUCAGCUUCAACCUCGGGGGAAUGGGCUGCAGCGCUGGGGUCAUUGCUGUGGAUCUUGCUCGGGACAUGCUGGAGGCCAGCCCUAGCAGCUACGCGGUGGUCGUGAGUACGGAGAUGGUGGGCUACAAUUGGUACCCGGGGAAGGAUAGGAAAUCAAUCCAAGAGAGUGUCUGA